CGGCGCUCGGCGAUGACGUCACUGUAAGCGGAAGUGAAGGAGAGUUCCAGAAAGAGCGGCGGGUGCGCGAGACACACAAAACUAUAACUGUAAUCAUAAUAAUAGUAAUAACAGAGCGAUAGUGCACGGGAUUAUAAGGGAGGCGGAAUCACUGACUAUCGAUCAUGACGACCAUCGAUUACAGUGUGUGGGAUCAUAUCGAGGUGUCUGAUGAUGAAGAUGACACUCACCCGAACAUCGACACGCCGAGCCUGUUCCGCUGGAGACACCAGGCUCGGGUGGAGCGGAUGGAGGCGUUCAUGCAGAAGGGGGAGGAGCUCGAGAAGAGCCUGACGGAGAGCAAGAGGAAGCUGGCGGAGGCUCAGCGGAGGGUGCAGGAGCUCCUGUCGGCGUCCACGGACGAGGCCAAAGCCGAGCUGACCAAAGCCCAGGCCGAGGAGAAGCAGCUGAGGAAGGAGGAGCGAUCCUGGGAGAAGAAGAUGGAGGAGCAUCGGCGCGAGGAGAAGAAGAUGCCCUGGAACGUGGACACGCUCAGCAAGGAGGGCUUCAGUAAGAGCGUCGUCAACGUCAAGCCUGACAAGAAGGAGGAGACGGAGGAGGAGAAGGAGGAGAAACACAAAACCUUCGUGGAGAAAUACGAGAAACAGAUCAAACACUUCGGGAUGCUGCGGCGCUGGGACGACUCUCAGAAGUACCUGUCUGACAAUCCUCACCUGGUCUGCGAGGAAACGGCAAACUAUCUGGUCAUCAUGUGCAUCGACCUGGAGGUGGAGGAGAAACACGCGCUCAUGGAGCAGGUGGCACAUCAGACCAUCGUCAUGCAGUUCAUCCUGGAGCUCGCCAAGAGUCUGAAGGUCGAUCCGCGCGGCUGCUUCCGCCAGUUCUUCACCAAAAUCAAGACUGCAGACCAGCAGUAUCAAGACGCGUUUAAUGACGAGCUGGAGUCGUUUAAGGAGCGAGUGCGCGGCCGGGCGAAGAUUCGCAUCGAGAAGGCCAUGAAAGAGUACGAGGAGGAAGAGCGUCAGAAGCGUCUGGGCCCUGGCGGCCUGGAUCCCGUGGAGGUGUACGAGUCCCUGCCGGCGGAAAUGCAGAAAUGCUUUGAUGACAAAGACAUUCAGAUGCUGCAGGACGCCAUCAGUAAGAUGGACCCCACGGAGGCCAAAUAUCACAUGAAGCGCUGCAUCGACUCGGGGUUGUGGGUACCGAACUCGCGCGUGGACGAAGAUGGAGAUAAAGAUGAAGGCGACGAGCCGCAGUACGAGGAAGUGAAGAAAGAAGAUCAGUGAUGGGUCCACACACACCGAAGACCAAAGCAGAUUCGUUUGACCCGAACCGAUCGUGAUGAUGCAGGGGCUGAUGGGUCACGAUUCUGACAGACACAUGCAGUGCGUCUCUCCUCUUCCUCUGUUCUGUCACUCUUGUUGUUUUAUUUAUGCACCGUUUGUUUGGCCUGUAGCGUGAGGCGAUUCAUUUUCAGCGCUUCCGUCUAUUCUUACUCUAGAAUGUGUUUGAUUGGCCAUUUCUCACAGACGUUUAACAUGAAUGAGUGCAGAAAUCUGCAGUAUUAGACGCUCCAGAUGAAAUCUAUUAAUGAACUUAGUCUGGUCUCGUCUCUUUUAGUUCAGAUUGCUCUGCUUUGUUAGUGCUGAUGCUCAGUUUGUCAGAAUAAAAUCGUGGGCUGAUGGGAAA